AUGACGAUGAUGAUGAAAGUAGAAGAGCUGGUGACUGGGAAGAAAGCGGAUGAUAAAGAGACUGGCAGCUUCCUCCCUGAGGACUUCAAAAAUGGGGAGUAUGAAGCUGCUGUGAGAUUAGAGAAGCAGGAUGACCUAAAGACAGUCUCUGAGCACUCACUGACCCGAGGUGAUCUGGCUUACGAGAAGGAGAAAAACCUAGAAGCAGAGUUGAAGAAAAAGAAAUUAGAGGCAAGGACAAAACUUGAAAACUUGGAGGAUCUUGAAAAAAUUAUUCAGCUGAAGAAGAAGAAAAAAUGCAAGAAAGUGAAAGUGCCCAUUUUAAAGGAACCUGAACCAGAAGUUAUUACAGGACCUGUGGAUAUACCCACGUUCUUUAAAGCUGCGCUGGAGAAUAAGUUGCCAGUAAUUGAAAAAUACCUGUCAGACAAAGGGGAUCCAAAUGUCUGUGAUGAGUACAAACGCACUGCGUUGCACAGGGCAUGCUCUGAAGGACAUCUAGAGGUGGUGAAAAAGUUGGUGGAAGCUGGAGCCCGGCUUGAACAGAAAGACAUGCUUCAAUCUACAGCUCUGCACUGGGCAUGUCGGGGAGGUAGUCUGGAUGUUCUGAAAUUCUUACUGGACAAAGGGAUAAACAUAAAUGCAAGAGAUAAGCUGCUCAGCACCCCUUUGCACGUGGCUGUGAGAACAGGGCGAUACGACUGUGGGGAACAUCUCAUUGCCUGUGAAGCAGAUCUCAACGCCAGGGACAGAGAAGGAGACACUCCAAUGCACGACGCCGUGAGGCUGAACCGCUACAAAAUGAUCCGGCUUCUGAUUCUGCACGGAGCAGAUUUAACUCUAAAGAACUGCCAAGGGAAAACCCCCAUGGAUCUUGUUCUUCAGUGGCAGAAUGGCACCAAAGAGAUAUUCAACAGCCUGAAAAACAAUUCCAAAAAGAGUGUCCAUCCAGGCAAAUACUGAAGAGAGAAACCAGACCACUCUCUUUUUGCUGCUUUGAAAUGCUUCACUCGAACCUGGAUGAAGAUGCCCUUGAACACAGUAUUUUUAUUGAAAAUAUUUAUGGCACUGGAUUAUUUGAGGUAUCUUCACCGAAAACUGCAAAAAAACCCCCGCAAAGUAAUUAUUUUAAAAGACAGAUUGAGUGUUAAAAUUCCACUGGCUCUAA